CUGUCUCGCAGGAAUUUGAUUCUUUCUGCAGUUCCUUAAAUCAGAGCCUCUCCAUGGAAUCCAAAGCUGCGCUUACAAAAAGAAGCAUUUCAUCCUUUGAGCAAAGAACAUAGCUUUUCUAUAUAAAGCCCAGUUAAAUCACCAGAAUAACUCAGAAGGAGUAUUAGAAAAGUCUGAGAGCCACACUGAUUGUGCAAUGGCUGCGCAUGGUUAUGCAAGCUAUAAGGAUGAUCAGAAAAAUGGAAGUCGCGAUGGGAGCGACUAUCCUGAUCAUGAGUGCCGACCUGUCAUUGUUGAUGCUGAGGGUAGGAGACGGCCGCUUAUUUCCUAUCAUCCCAGCCGGGGCACAGGCGGCUAUGCCGUUAGCACUGUGGAGGAGAUUGAGCAUGUUAGAAUGCCUGUGGUGGUCGCUGAAUACAGGUAUGUUAGUCAAAUGGGAAUGCAGCCACCAAGGGAUUAUGCUUACACCGAUGACCAAUGGCAUACGCCUCCAAGUCCAGAAUACAAGUACAGGAAUCAAGGAACAGUUGAGCCAUUGAAGGCUUAUGGUUAUAAAAAUGAGGGACAGCGUAGCCCUCCCAGGCUGGUUGGUGAUCCCCCAGAAUACAAGUACCAUAACAAUCAUGGAACAGAUGGGCCACUGAAGGAUUAUGGUUCCAUAAAUGAGAGACCGCAUAGCCGUCCUGGUCUAGUUGGCAAUCGCCCAGAAUACAAGUACAGCAGCAAUAAAAAUGAUGGAGCAGUCAAGCCGCCGAAGGUUUAUGGUUCCAUAAAGGAGAGAGGGCCUAGCCCUCCCAGGCCAGCUGCUGAUCGCCCGCAAGUUGUUGCCAAUGAUUAUGACUAUGCCAUUCCAACAAAAGUAGUUCCAUUGAACAGUGGAGUCACCAACAGCAGAACGGGCAGGCCUUCUUCAGGUCAAGUUGGGAAUCCCCUGGUCACAAACUCUCCAACAAAAAUGGAGCCACUGAAGACUUAUGGACCCAGUAGUGAUAACAAAUGGCAGAAGACUUCAAAGGUAUCGGAUGACAGCCAACCAAAAAGGCCCAACUUUCUGCCUGCCUCAAAAUGGCGUAAGAACAUCGUGCCUAACUUAACAGGCCAGAGUGGUUCCACUGGCUAUGGUGACUAUGAUAAGUACAACAACAACGAGGAGGAAUGGAACAGGCCGAGUGGUAAUACCAUUAGGGAUGGGAAUAACAAAGACUACUACCAAAGAAAUGAUGGCUGGGCAGAACCAACAAUAGCCAACAAAGAUGGCGGGGAAGAGUCUGGCAAUAAAGGGUGGACUACUAUGCCUGCUUAUAUCACUGCACUUUCUGGACCAACAAAUGACAUCAGUAAAGCUAUGGAGAUGCUGAAGGAAGCUGCCAGCCCUAUGUACAUCACUGCAUCUGCACAACAGCCAAGCAAGGAGGCUGCAAGGAGGUAUGGCAACUUGAAACAGUCGUCUAAGCCAUUCCAAGAAGGAUAUGACUACUCGGGAACCAUCGACAGUGUCCAGGCUGCAAGAAAAUAUAAGGGCACAACACUGUGAAGGUGAACAACCAGGACACGAUUUCAUCUAUAUAACAGCCAUAGGUCACCCUCCGUUUGCGACAGUAUUUGGGAUGACUGAACAGGUUUGCUUGAGAUUACCUUGCUGCUGUAGCGUCUGUUUCUCAAUUAGUAAUCAUUUUAGUCGAUGUAUGGUAGCCAUAUAGUUGGGUGUUUUCUGGCCUCUUUUAAGUAAAAUAAGCCUUGCUAGUAGGCCAGUAAAGUAGUUGUCUUGACAGUGGGUACUUUAUUACUAUUGUGGAACAUGCUUUGGUGUUCAAUCCUAGUAUGUUAUCAAUAAAAUUUGAAGCAUUUACAGUAAA